ACUAUUCUCAUGCGCAGGACGUACUUCCUCCUCUAUAUAAAGGCCAUGCAGCAUGCCAGCCAGAGCCAACUUAUACUUCUCAAGAUUAUUACCAACAACAACAAAACAAACCUCAAGUUAUGGCAAUGCAAUUACGUUCUUUUCUCUUAGGCAUACUGCUACUAAUUGGCCUUGCUUUCACAAAUAGCGAAGCUGAUAUUAGAGCUCCACCCACACAUUUUGACACUGCUUCUCUCAAUAGGAGCAGUUUUCCAGAAGGGUUCGUAUUUGGUGUAGGUUCUGGAUCUUACCAAUAUGAAGGUGCUGCAAAAGAAGGUGGUAGAGGACCAAGCAUUUGGGAUACCUUCACCCACAAAUAUCCAGAAAAGAUUAACGAUAGCAGCAAUGGAGAUAUCACUGUUGACCAAUAUCACCGCUAUAAGGAAGAUGUGGGGAUUAUGAAGAAUAUGGGGUGGGAUGCGUAUCGAUUCUCUAUCUCAUGGUCAAGAUUGUUACCAAAUGGAAAGUUAAGUGGAGGAGUGAACAAGGAAGGAAUCAAAUAUUACAACAAUCUCAUCAAUGAGCUCUUACGCAAUGGUUUAACGCCAUUUGUGACACUUUUCCAUUGGGAUCUUCCUCAAACUUUAGAAGAUGAAUAUGGUGGUUUCUUAAGCCCUCAUAUUGUCAAUCAUUUUCAAGAUUACGCAGAACUUUGUUAUAAAGAAUUUGGUGAUCGAGUAAAGCAUUGGAUGACACUGAAUGAGCCGUAUACCUUCAGUAACUAUGGUUAUGCAACUGGGUCCCAAGCGCCGGGACGAUGCUCCACUUGGCAACAGCUAAACUGCACCGGCGGAGAUUCAUCUACUGAACCAUAUUUGGUGACACACCACCAGCUCCUUGCUCAUGCAGCUGCCGUAAAAUUGUACAAAAAUAGAUACCAGGCGUCUCAAAAUGGAGUGAUAGGGAUAACAUUGGUGUCAGAUUGGUUUGAGCCCUUAUCGGAAGAAAAAGAAAAUAAAAAUGCUGCAUUACGAGCUUUGGAUUUUAUGUUCGGAUGGUUUGCUGAGCCAUUGACAAGUGGUGACUAUCCGCAAAGCAUGCGAUCUCUUGUCGGAAGCCGAUUACCAAAAUUCACAAAAGAACAAUCCAAGUUGCUAAUUGGUUCAUUUGAUUUUCUUGGACUAAAUUACUAUACGGGUUACUAUGCAAGUGAUGCACCUCGAAAUAACUCGGUAUACGCAAGCUACACAACAGAUGCUGGCGUUAAUCUUUCAUCUGAGCGUAAUGGAGUCCUCAUAGGUCCAAAGGGUGCUUCGGAAUGGUUAAAUGUUUAUCCACAAGGAAUUCAACAUCUUUUACUCUACACAAAGAAAAAGUAUCACAAUCCAAUUAUUUACAUUACCGAAAAUGGUGUGGAUGAGUUGAAUGAUCCUAAAUUAUCACUUGCCGAAGCCCUUAAUGAUACCCAUAGAAUUGACUUCUACAAUCGCCACCUUCAUUAUGUUCAAAGUUCUAUUGACAAUGGUGUUAAAGUGAAGGGAUUCUUUCCGUGGACGUUGUUAGACGACUUUGAAUGGAGUUCGGGAUUUAGUAUUCGAUUUGGUAUCACCUAUGUUGAUUACAACGAUAGGCUUAAAAGGCACCCAAAACUCUCGGCGCACUGGUUCAAAAGUUUCCUUAAGGAGUAUUGAAAACUUCAGAUCAUAUUCGUCAUUCAAUAUUUGUAUUUAAUUUAAUAAUGUGAAUUUUAUGCAUGUAAAAUAAUACUAGGGAUUCCAAAUUUGUGUACAUACAAAAUUAGAAUUCCAAAUUUGUGUACAUUCAAUCAUUUCAAUUUUAGUCAUUGUAUAGGAUUAAAAUUGCAUUCAACCCUCUUGUAAAAUUAAACAUUGAUUUUUAGUCCUUUGAUGAGUGUCAACAUACGCAUAAUUAUGAAACUCUUUUGUUUGUAGUCCUUUUACUGACUGUCUCGAAUUUGAGUUAUUUAUACUGACACCUUUUAAGGUUUUUCGUGUUUACGCAAAACCCUCAAAGGUCUUGGAAAUUACACCAACACCCCGUUAGGUUUCAAAAUGGUUUCACAUAACUCCAAAAAUCCAAAAAAAAAAACCUAAAAUUGGAUGUAAAAGGACUCUUGCAUAGAUAAAAUACCAUUCAUGAUAUCAGAACUGUUUGGAUACAGUCGCACCAUAAUUUCUAAACCCUAACAAAAAUAAAAUAAUAAUAAAUAAAUCAUAAGACGCAUCGUACUAUUCCAUGGGAAAAAAUGAAGACCCUUCCUCUCUUCCAUAUCUUCAUCUCUUCCAUCUCUGCUCCAUCAUCGAAAUCCUUUGUUGCUUUGAAAAGAGAAUUCUCAGAUCCUGCAAUCUCAUUGCACCUCGAUCUUUCUGCUUUGUAGCGUUAGUAUUUAAGUUGGGAGGAGUUAAUCCAAUAAGCCAAGAAAUAGGAAGUCAAGGCCCUGCUCCAAGUCAAGACGUGAGCAAAACCCAUAUAGCAAAUGAAGAAGCUGGUACUCGGCCAUUGUGAAGAAGUUGCUCUAGUUUGAUUUUUUGGUUUGAGUUAGGAUUGACCCCUUUUUUUUUCUUUUUUUUUUUCUUUUUUUUUUUUGUGAUUGGAAACAUAUUGGAGAAGGCAUGGAAGAGAUGGAGAGGAUGAAGGAAAGCGUACGUCUUUUUUUCCUUGGGGCAAACGUACAAUAUUGGGGAUUAGGGUACAAUUCUAUCCAAACAGUAUUCUAAUACCAUGAAGGGUAUUUUAGUCUAUGCAGAAGUAUUGUUAUAUCAGGUUUUAGGUUCUUUUGGAUUUUUGGAGUUAUGUGAAACCAAUUUGAAAUAUAAGGGGGUGUUUGUGUUAUUUUUAGGACCUCAAGGAGUUCUGUGAAAACACGAAAAACCUCAGAGAGUGUUAGGAUA